CUCACAUACCUGUAAAUGCCACUGCGUUUUUUCGUCGGUGGUGGAUUCGACACCUUAACCAUUAAGCAAUAAAUACCACUCUCUUUCCAUUCACCUUCUUUUCUCUUUCUUUCCCAUCCUCACAAACUUAAACCCCAUUUCCUUCGAAUUCACAAACAAAUUUUUUCACAUAAUUACAACAACCCUCACCUCUCAAUUUCUCUCUCUAAACUCUCAAACAAAUCACUUUCUCUCUCUAAACGGUUACAACAAACAAACACAACAAUGUCCUCCUCCGCACCACCCGUUCUCCCCGUCGCUAACGUUCCUCCUCCACCAACCACCACUGGAUCCACCGUCUCUGGUUCCGGAUCCGAUGCUCCCGCAAACUCCCCCGCCGUCCGUGUCCUAAUCAACAACCUCUCUGAAUCUCUCCGUCACGGCCUCGCUCAGCGCCGUCCUUGGGCCGAGCUUGCUGAUCGUUCCGCCUUCACAAAGCCGGAAUCGUUCUCUGAAGCAACCCUGCGCGUCCGCAAGAAUUUCUCAUACUUUCGUAUCAAUUACUACGCCAUCGUUGCGGUGAUUCUCGCGGUUUCUCUCCUCACCAAUCCGUUCUCUCUCAUUCUCCUCAUCGGACUCUUCGCUUCGUGGACGUUUCUCUACCUCUUCCGUCCUUCAGAUCGUCCUCUCGUUAUCCUCGGUCGCACAUUCACCGAUUUCGAAACCCUAGCUCUUCUCUCUGGUACCACUGUCUUCGUUGUUUUCCUCACCAGCGUCGGUUCUGUUCUCGUCUCGGCUUUAAUGCUCGGCGUCGCCGUCGUUUGCCUCCACGGUGCAUUCCGUGCUCCUGAGGAUCUCUUCCUUGAUGAACAGGAUAGCUCUCAGACCACCGGAUUCCUCUCCUUCCUUCGCGCUCCUGCUGCUAGUGUCGGCUCCGUUCCUUCCGUCACCGGACGCGUUUGAGCGUCUUGAAGAUAUCUUCGAUCUGGUAAUGGUAACGGUUUCUUUCGUCUGAUCGGUUGAAUUUUGGUAUUGAAGCGAAACAAUGGUGAAAAAAAAUAAUUCCUCUUUUUUUUUUGUUUUUGUUUUAUAAUUUCUUGAUCUGUAUUAACAAAUUCGAUUUAUAUACAUAGGUGAACAUGAAUCUUGUUAUUUUGAUUUUCUUUUAUACAGGAUUUGGUUAUGUUGUUGAUGGAUCUAUCAUUUUCUCUGUAAUCGAUUUAUUCAUUAUGUAAUUUUAGUAGCUCUAUUAUGGUUUAUUAUGAAUCAAUAGCAAGAUAACUUGGAUUUUUAUA